AUGACCGGCCGUACUGUUCUCGUCACUGGGGCCACUGGCCUCCUCGGCCGCGAGGUCGCCAAGGAGUUCCGCCUCAAAAGCUGGACCGUCAAGGGAACUGGCUACUCGCGCGCCGACGGAGUCGACAUCCUCAAAGUCGAUCUCGGCGACGACGCCCAAGUGGCCAAGGUCCUCAAUGAUACCAAACCCCAGGUAAUUGUCCACUGCGCCGCCCAGCGCUUUCCAGACAAGGUCGACAAGGACCCAGAGGGUGCCAGGGCGCUCAACGUGGCUGCCAGCAGCUCCCUUGCGUCCCUGGCCGCCGCCCGGGACAUCUUGGUCAUCUACAUCUCGACCGACUACGUCUUCCCUGGCGUGCCUGGCGACGCCCCCUACCAGGCCGACGCCGAGCCUCAACCGCCUAACCUGUACGGCCAGACCAAGCGGGACGGCGAGAUCGCCGUGUUAGACUCGUACGCCAAGGCUGGGAAGGACGGCCUCGGUGUCGUGCUCCGAGUGCCUGUGCUGUACGGACACGCAGAGACGCCGGCGGAGAGCGCGGUCAAUGUCCUGAUGGACGCGGUCUGGAAGGCGCAGACCCAAGGAGCCACGGUCAACAUGGACCACUGGGCUAUUCGAUAUCCCACCAACACCGAAGACAUUGGACGGGUCUGCCGCGAAAUCUCCGAGAAAUAUCUCAGCGCUGGCAGUGAAGUCAAAUCACUACCUCGCAUCCUGCAGUUCUCGAGCGAGGACAAGAUGACCAAAUACGAGAUCUGCCAGGUAUUUGGAGAGAUCAUGGGCCUUUCGACGAGUGGGAUCGAGGCCAACACCGUAGGGAAUGACCCAAAUGCCAGUGUGCAGCGACCCUACGACUGCCACCUGAGUACCCAGGCACUCAAGGACCUGGGCAUCGACGUCUCGACGAACGACUUCCGUGCUUGGUGGCGCCGGGAGGUUCACGCGUUUCGCAAAUAA